AUGUCAGACUGUGGGGGUCAUAUCAGACUGUGGGGGUCAUGUCAGACUGUGGGGGUCAUAUCAGACUGUGGGGGUCAUGUCAGACUGUGGGGGUCAUGUCAGACUGUGGGGGUCAUAUCAGACUGUGGGGGUCAUAUCAGACUGUGGGGGUCAUGUCAGACUGUGGGGGUCAUGUCAGACUGUGGGGGUCAUGUCAGAUUGUGGGGGUCAUGUCAGACUGUGGGGGUCAUAUCAGACUGUGGGGGUCAUAUCAGACUGUGGGGGUCAUGUCAGACUGUGGGGGUCAUAUCAGACUGUGGGGGUCAUGUCAGACUGUGGGGGUCAUGUCAGAUUGUGGGGGUCAUGUCAGACUGUGGGGGUCAUAUCAGACUGUGGGGGUCAUCUCAGACUGUGGGGGUCAUGUCAGACUGUGGGGGUCAUGUCAGACUGUGGGGGUCAUGUCAGACUGUGGGGGUCAUGUCAGACUGUGGGGGUCAUAUCAGACUGUGGGGGUCAUGUCAGACUGUGGGGGUCAUAUCAGACCGUGGGGGUCAUAUCAGACCGUGGGGGUCAUAUCAGACCGUGGGGGUCAUAUCAGACCGUGGGGGUCAUGUCAGACUGUGGGGGUCAUGUCAGACUGUGGGGGUCAUAUCAGACUGUGGGGGUCAUGUCAGACUGUGGGGGUCAUAUCAGACUGUGGGGGUCAUAUCAGACUGUGGGGGUCAUGUCAGACUGUGGGGGUCAUAUCAGACUGUGGGAGUCAUGUCAGACUGUGGGGGUCAUGUCAGAUUGUGGGGUUCAUGUCAGACUGUGGGGGUCAUAUCAGACUGUGGGGGUCAUAUCAGACUGUGGGGGUCAUGUCAGACUGUGGGGGUCAUGUCAGACUGUGGGGGUUAUGUCAGACUGUGGGGGUCAUGUCAGACUGCGGGGGUCAUAUCAGACUGUGGGGGUCAUGUCAGACUGUGGGGGUCAUAUCAGACUGUGGGGGUCAUGUCAGACUGUGGGGGUCAUAUCAGACUGUGGGGGUCAUGUCAGACUGUGGGGGUCAUAUCAGACUGUGGGGGUCAUAUCAGACUGUGGGGGUCAUGUCAGACUGUGGGGGUCAUAUCAGACUGUGGGAGUCAUGUCAGACUGUGGGGGUCAUGUCAGAUUGUGGGGUUCAUGUCAGACUGUGGGGGUCAUAUCAGACUGUGGGGGUCAUAUCAGACUGUGGGGGUCAUGUCAGACUGUGGGGGUCAUGUCAGACUGUGGGGGUUAUGUCAGACUGUGGGGGUCAUGUCAGACUGCGGGGGUCAUAUCAGACUGUGGGGGUCAUGUCAGACUGUGGGGGUCAUAUCAGACUGUGGGGGUCAUGUCAGACUGUGGGGGUCAUGUCAGACUGUGGGGGUCAUGUCAGACUGUGGGGGUCAUAUCAGACUGUGGGGGUCAUAUCAGACUGUGGGGGUCAUAUCAGACUGCGGGGGUCAUGUCAGUCAGACUGCGGGGGUCAUGUCAGACUGCGGGGGUCAUAUCAGACUGCGGGGGUCAUGUCAGACUGUGGGGGUCAUAUCAGACUGCGGGGGGGGGGGGGGGGGUGUUCUUUCUAUUUUUGAAUGA